UGAGAGUCAUUAUAAAUAGUGUGUAGUAUAGCGGAACUCUCGUUGUGACCCGGAUGUUUCGGUCUUCUACCUCUGCACAUCUAAUCCUCUUAUCACCGACAAGCGGCAGAGAUGGAUAUUGUCAACCAGUUGGUCGCCACUGGGCAGUUCACAAUUUUCAAACAGCCAUUAGGAUUCAUUAAAGUCUUACAAUGGUUUUUUGCCAUCUUUGCAUUUUCCACCUGUGGCGGUUACUCUGGAGUGUUUCGUCUGAGUGUGGAGUGUAAGAAUCGAACAGAAAGUAAUCUCAAUGUUGAGGUUGAAUUUGGUUACCCGUUCAGAUUGCACCAGGUGUGGUUUGAUGCUCCUACAUGUAAAGAGCCGCAGCCUGAGCGAAUCUUCCUGGUGGGCGACAACUCUUCCUCGGCUGAGUUCUUUGUCACCAUUGGUGUCUUUUCCUUCCUUUAUUCAAUGGCAGCCAUCUCCGUGUAUGUCUUCCUCAUGGAGAAAUACCGUGAAGGAAACAGAGGCGCUCAGGCCGAUUUUGUGGUGACUGCUAUUUUUACCUUCAUGUGGUUGGUAAGUUCAUCAGCGUGGGCCAAAGGUCUCUCCGAUGUCAAGAGGGCCACAGAUCCUGAUGAGGUCCUCAAUCUCAUUACUGCAUGUGACCAUGAGGAUAACCAGUGUAAAGAAAUCCACGAACCUGUGAUGUCUGGCCUAAACACAUCUGUGGCAUUCGGCUUCUGUAAUGUGGUGCUGUGGGCAGGGAACCUGUGGUUUGUCUUAAAGGAAACAGGCUGGCUUGCAGCAUUUGCUGGCACUCAUGUGUCCUCCGGAGAGAAGCAGCCAGCCCCAGAAUCUUUCGGCCAGGGCUAUGGACAGGAAGGUUAUGCUGGCACUCAGGGGGGUUACCAGCCAGACUAUGGCCAGCAGAGUGGUGGAUACGAAGGCGGAGGCUACAACCAAGGAGAGUAUGGUCAUGGUGAGCCCACCUCUUUUUCAAAUGAGAUGUGAGCUCAGCCACGUGGGCUGAAACACCGCACUGAUCACAUUGAGAGGAUGGUCAUGUGAUCAGUCAGCAUGGAAACUGUUAGCUUCGUUUCCACUCUGUUCAAUCUUUCUGUAUGAGUUGUGGGUUUUAACGGAAUGGGGGAGGCACAUUUGAGCUGGGUUGUCAAAAAGAACAUAACCAAAUAGGAAAUGCAUUGGACCCAGGAGGAAAUGUGACCCUUAUUUCAAUAUGCUAUUAUAUCCAGAGGAAUAUUAUCCAUUUUUUGAUGAGGAAAAACUUGAACAUGCUACCAAAAAAAAAGAAAACUAUUAUGUGAAUGUUAUCUAAGAUGGGCUGUUUGAAUGAAUAAUAGGAAUUGUAGUUAUAUUAAAGUGAAUGUGUUUGUCUUUAUGGUGUAAAUAUAAAUUAUAUUUAAAUAGAUAUACGGUAUUGUGAAUUACACCUAAUGUUGUUUUAUUUUUGUGACUUUUUAUUUAUUGUGUUGGUGUUUUCUACAACCACAUCAUCUUCACUGUUCAACCCACAUUAACAGUGCUGACCUUAAACCACCUUAAUGAAUGUGUGAUAUUCUUUUGUGUGUGUGAAACAUUCUCGUAAAGUCUGUGUGAACCCAGAUGAUAGAUAGUAUUUAAUAGUUAUGUCAAUCUCUGGUAAGUGAAAGUUACUCAAGCUAAAGCCCACAAUAAUGUGCACAAAUUAUGCAGAUUUAUUUCCUUUUCUUGUUUGGUUAACUGUUCAAACAUUUAUAGGUCCAAUUUUACAGACAAGGCUUAAGCCUAGUCCAAGACUAAAAUGCAUGUUUGAGCUGUCUCAAUUUAUAACAGCUUGCACUGACAAAAUAUAUAAAUUCUGUUGUGUAUCAAGAUGAACAUUGAUAAUGUUUUUUUUCUUAAGCACAUUCAUAAUUUAACUAAGGCUUACUUCUGAAUUAAUCCAUGCCAUGUCUGUGAAACUGCCCUAUAAUUCGUUUUUGCUAAUUUGUCUUAAUGAUAUUUAUGUUAUAAAAGUCCAUAUAGAAAAAUGAACACUUAGUGGGGGUGCUUCAGUACUUGAUGUUUUCCUAUAUAGUGCUGUGAAACACCACUGCUCUAAUUCAAAUAUAGGCACAAAUUUGACGGAUCCAUUUAAAGUCUUUCUAAAAAUACAUGUCUGUGAUUUUUGUCUUUUUGUUCCUAAUGAAAUUGGUUUUGUAUGCACUCUCUCUUUCAUAUGACGGUCCAUAUUGCUUUUUUCUCUUCCUCGUUAUAUUGUCUGAUAAUGCGAAAUAAAACCCUGUUAGAACAUG